GCACCCGGGGCGAGUCAUUCUGUCCUGGAGCACAGUGUUGUUCUCUGCACUUUUAUAGCUUUUGUAGGAAUGGUAAUGGAAUGGAAGUAAAAAAAUUGUGAGAAAUUACAUCUCUGUGAAAAACAUCUCUUGGAAUCUGCUUUUACAAAAGAGUAAAGAGAUUGACAGUGCAAUGCAGCACUUACGACACUGCCAAGGACUCGCUCGUGUUCUCCUUCCCAGCGCUCACAGUGCUCAGCGGCUAAAGAACAACAUCCCCCUGGCGUCUGCAUGUUCAGGACUUCUCUCUCUUCGCUGGGGGAGCGGCGGCAGCCAUCAAGGGCACAACUACUAUGGCUCAAGGCGGCCAAGGUUCAGAUAUGUAUUGACAGGGCUAACGGCUGGGACUGGUGCUGUGCUGGCCUAUGGACUUCAUCACAAUAAGGCUGAGCAGGCGGCUACCUCGGUUACUCAAACAUCCGCCCUGCCUGUUUAUUCCCAAGAAGAGGUUACGAAACAUUCCUCCCUGGACGAGGGCAUAUGGGUCACCUACAAGGGAAGCGUUUAUGAUAUCACUGACUUUGUAGCGAUACAUCCUGGAGGUGACAAAAUCCUGCUAGCUGCAGGUGGCGCUCUAGAACCCUUUUGGGCGCUGUAUGCCAUUCAUGGGCAAGACCACGUUCUGGAAAUUCUCUCAGAGUACAAGGUUGGUGUUCUUCGACCAGAAGACUGCAAGAAGCAGGAGAUUGCCAAUUCUAUUGACCCGUAUUCCUCUGAUCCACCUCGGCACCCUGCUCUCAUUGUCAGCAGCUUAAAACCCUUCAACGGGGAACCUCCUCCUGCCCUCCUCACUGACAACUACAUCACUCCCUCUGCCCUCUUCUUCAAGCGCAACCAUUUUCCUGUUCCUCAAGUAGAUCCUGGCAAAUACAGGCUGCAGAUAGAGGGCCUUCCUGGGGGUACCGUCUCUCUGACUUUGGACGAACUUAAGUCUCGUUUCCCCAAGCACACAGUAACUGCUACUCUGCAGUGUGCCGGAAACCGCCGUUCUGAUAUGCACAAGGCUAAACAGGUCAAAGGGCUUAACUGGGGAGUUGCAGCUAUAAGCAAUGCCACUUGGUCAGGCGCACGCCUGCGGGACGUCCUGUAUCACUACGGCUUUGGCCAAGAAGUGGCGGCUAAGGCUCGGCACGUGCAGUUUGAAGGUUUAGACCUUGAUGUGACGGGUACGUCAUAUGCAGCAUCCAUCCCACUGAACAAGGCAGUGAGCGAAGAAGGAGACGUCCUUCUAGCAUACGAAAUGAAUGGGGAGGAUCUCCCGAAGGACCACGGGUACCCUGUUCGUGUGGUCAUCCCCGGAACAGUUGGAGCCCGGAAUGUCAAAUGGCUGGGCAAGAUAGUUGUCAGCGAGGAAGAGAGUCAGAGUCACUGGCAGCAAAAUGACUACAAAGGUUUCUCUCCAGGCGUUGACUGGGACACGGUGGAUUACAAAUUGGCACCGGCCAUCCAGGACCUCCCCAUCCAGUCGGCCAUCACCCAGCCAGCAGACGGUUCAAUAGUGGACAGCAGCAUGGAAGAAGUGACCGUGAAAGGUUAUGCUUGGAGCGGUGGGGGAAGGGAGGUGGUGCGAGUGGACGUCUCAGUUGACGGAGGGAAGACGUGGCAUGUGGCUGAACUCCAGAAUGGUGAGAAAGGACAAAAGCCUGAACCCUCUCCUCCGCCUGGGCGGGCUUGGGCGUGGAAACUGUGGGAGAUAACGAUCCCUCUGCCGGAAGGAGCUCAGGAGCUCGAGCUUGUGUGCAAGGCAGUUGACAGUAGCUACAAUUCGCAGCCGGACACGGUGCUGCCUAUUUGGAACUUUAGGGGUGUGCUGAAUAAUGCUUGGCAUCGAGUGAAGGUGAAAGUGAAUUAAGAUUUUGGAAGGAAAGGAAUGAAAACCCAAAGAGAUAUUUAUUGUAACUAAACUCAGGAAAGAAGGAGGCAUCAUAUUCAUUUUAGAUAUGGGUCCACUUGCUUGGCCAGUGUUUAGGCAUUUUGACAUGAAGUUAGAGAUGCUUACAUUGACUGAGUUUGCCAUAUGUGGGUAAACUCAAUCUGUAAUGAACAACGAAAAGAAGUACUUGCUGCAUGCGGGCACAAAUCGUCAGUUUUUGGCUGUGAUAAACCGAUAAAUUAAUUCCUUUGAUUUAGGGGCAACAUUACAAUCAUAGCUCUACAUGUUUUGCACAAAUAUUGAGCUUACGAAACUGGAUUAGUGGAUCACUUGUGUUGACUGUCAACAACAGGGAUUUUUUCUUUUCACUUCUGGGCUCUUCUUUUUUCCGUUUUCCUGGGCACUAGUCAGCUUGUCUGGUGCUUUUGUCGUUUUUUUUUUAAUGUAAAAUGCAGUUAAAUUAGUUUUUUUUUCUUUUUCAUUUUUAAUGUAAAAUGCAGUUAAAAUUAGGUUUAAAGUGCCAUUAUCCAUAGUUACUGUCUUGGUAUUGAGCUGUCAAAAAGCACAGGUUUUUAUAAAUGUGGAAAGGGUAUUUAAAAUGUUUUUUGAAGUGUAUGCAAAGCGCCAGUUGUUAUAAUGAAGUAGAAAACUUUUAAGGACUGUGAAACUCAGAUCUUAACUGUCCUUGUAAGUGCAAGACACAUUUUUUUAGAUUUUGGCCUUCUCCAUGUGCCAGAUAUUUAAAACCACAUAUUGCUUCUGUCAUAUAAUUUGAUUUUCACUUUUAGCCCAUAAUGUGUAAUAAUAAUGUGACUGCAGUAGUUCAGACAGUUGUUAAAGCUAAGCAGUUGUGAUCACUCAAGAUCAUAUAUGCUUCAUUUUGCUUUUUCAGAGGAAUUUAUCAUAACAGUAUUUUGGUUGAUUCAUUUCUUUUAUUUUACUUUUCUGGAAGGAAUAAUUGUAAUAAUUACAGUAAUAAUUUAAAAAUAGCAUAAUGUAAAUCUUUCAGGUUCAACUUAAUACUGACUGAUCAGCUUUGCAGAAGGUGGUUUUAGUGAAGUUCAUUAUAUUUAUUUUAUUGCAUGACACAUGAAUUUUGGUGCUGUGAUGGAAGUUUUUUCAAUAAAGAUUAUGUUGGUCUUACAAAAAAAACAAACAUUUUAGUUUGUGGUUCUUGCAUGAUUUCAGUUGUUUUUUAGUUCUUUAUAUAACUAAUGGCUGCUAGUAACAAAAAUGUGGUGCAAAAGGUAUUGCAUAAAUUU